AUGGAUGCGUUGAACAUCGUCGGGCUUCCUCUCGAGAUACAGGAAGAAAUCUUACUACUCCUAGACACGGAAGACCUCAUUCAGUGGAAACAAGUUUCUCGGUUGUUUCUGCAGUUGAUGAAGUCCUCCAUUCGAUUGAACUACAAGAUCGAACUGGGGCUUGCGGGCAUGACCGACAAUCCACUUAGCCCUCUCUCAUACGCGGAGAAAUUGGGGAAGCUACGAUCACUCCGUGACAUGCGGCGCAACCCAAGGCUUGUCUCGGGGAGAUCUAUCUCGAGGGACACAAUCUACACGGUCUCUCACGGGCUGUUCGUACAAUCAGAUGGUCUUCAGCUCAAGGUCCUUCAACUCCCCUCUCGGAUUUUAGAAACGGAGGAGUGCGAGUGGACGUUCACUGUCCCGGAUUUGAAUGGUCUCAAUGUUGCAUCCUUAUGUAUCGAUCCUGCACAAAACCUUCUAGUGCUACUGGCAUUGUUGUUACCCGUCCAGGGGGAGUUUGGCAGUCGCCCAGGUUCACUGCAUUUCCUUGCCCUUGAUAGUGGCGUUCCACACCCUGACGCCGCCCAAUCUCUGCCACCCAUAAUGACAGCGUUCGGCGGCCAGAUUGUGAUCGAGGGAAGCUUGCUUAUAUGCCAUACUCGGACCGAUGUCGUCGAGGUCGAGGUUUGGAAUUGGAAGACUGGGGAGGUCGUAUGGCGUCUGCCGCCCUGUGAAGGCGUUUUCUGUGGCUUCGAAGUUCUCGAUACUCAACAUAUCCUCGUAAUGGAUGACCACAACUUGUCGGUAUAUUCUCUGCACGCUGAGACCUCAGGAUCGGAGGGCCAAUCCUCGCAGUCUCCAUACGAUGCCUUGUGCACGUUGCCUCUCCCACAGAGCAACGACCCUUUUGGCAUAAAGCCCUUCCUGUAUCCUUCAUACAGGUGCGGAUGCCUGAGCACCACGCAGUUCCCGUUUUUGUCAUCAAUCCGGAACGACGCCAUCUGUAUAUCCAUUCCACUUGAAGGAACAAUGGCGCAACUUCCGGGAGACAAUCGUCUGGUCUUCGUUCCAAGGCGGAAGAUCUUAUCAUGGAUGCAGGCUACACAGUCGCAACCAGCACGGCCCACUAGCAUUAAUGACUGGAUACUACAAUGUGAAAGGAUAGAACUCCGGACUAGUACCAUAGUAGGUACCGGUGUCCAAGGCACUCACGCGAUCCUGGCAUACCACGAGAUCGGUGAAGACGACGAAAAUGGGCACACGGAUCUGCACGUAGAUUUCGUUGAUUUACACCCAGCCUUGAGGGGAGUGAGACCGGCAACGUUGGAGGGGAGCAACACGAUCGCUAGAGUAACCGCCCUGAGUCGGAAUCGAUUUGAUGAAGAAGCUGCGAUCAUAGUCGUCCCGGACCAUGCAAUCCUUGAGGAGUACUGGGGCGAAGACGGGCGUGGCGGCACCGGCCAUUGGCAGAUUCGUUACAUUACUUGA